GGUUGUAUGUUGAAGUUUGAAUUUAUAAUUUGCUCGUCGGUUAUUUUUGCUUUGUCUAUUUACUAUAUUUUAAAAAGGUGGUCGUAUAAAAUGCUAAACGUGCAUCAUUAUGAUAGUCACAUAGAUUAGUAAGCUAUAUACGUAUGCGAAUUGUUACUAAAAUUGUUAGAUAUACUAAACCAUGAGUGACAAUAUAAAAGUAGUUGUCAAAGUUAGACCGCUAAUUUCACGUGAAAUAGAGGAAAAACUAUUUCACCAAUGGCGCGUAAAAGACAAUACUAUUUACCAAAUUGAUCAAGGUGGAAGAGAUUGUGGAAAUUUAUUCACGUUUGACAAGAUCUACAAUGAAAAUACAAACACAAGCGAUGUUUACAAUGAUAUUGCUAAACCUAUUGUUGAAGCUGCAACAGCCGGUGUUAAUGGAACAAUUUUUGCUUAUGGUCAAACUUCCUCGGGCAAAACAUACACCAUGAGCGGCAAUGACAUAUCACCUGGUCUCAUACAUCUCUCUGUGAUAAAUCUGUUUGAUAUUAUUAAGAACAUAGAUGACAGACACUUUUUAAUAAGAGUAUCUUAUGUGGAGAUUUACAAUGAAACAAUUAUAGACUUAUUAAAUACGGAGAAGAAGAAUAUAAAAAUUCAAGACACUUUCCAAGGUGUUAAGGUAGACGCAACAGUGAGAGUGACUACUACACCUGAAGAGGUUUUUCAAUUUAUGAAAGAGGGCCAAGCUAACCGACAGACUGGUGCAACAAACAUGAACGAAGAAAGUAGUAGAUCGCAUUCCAUUUUCCAAAUAACAAUAGAAUCAAGAGAACAUUCGGAGGGGGAAGAAGUGGGCUGUUUGAACAUCUCCCAGUUGAAUCUUGUGGACUUGGCGGGCUCCGAGAGAUCAGGACAGACGGGGGCCACUGGUAUCCGGUUCAAAGAAGGCACACAUAUCAACAAGUCCCUCUCUUCUCUUGCACUUGUUAUAAAACAACUCUCAGAAGGACUCAGCAAACACGUAAAUUAUCGAGACAGCAAGCUAACACGAAUCCUACAGAACUCUUUGGGUGGAAAUGCUAAGACUAGUAUCAUCUGCGCUGUCACGCCCGCGGCAGUUGAAGAAACCAUCUCUACAUUACAAUUUGCGUAUCGCGCCAAAGCAAUCAAGAACACUCCGCAGGUCAACGUGGUCGCGACAAGCAAUAAAGUUAUGGAUAACUUAACUAAAGAACUAUCCAAUUUGAAAACACAGCUCGAGAGUAAAAGAAAUGUUGAAGUAAGUUAA